UUUUGGAAAAUCAAUCUCCCAAUUUCGGGCUUUUCAGCUAAACGAUCCCUAAUUUGCUAAACCGAAAGGAUCAAAGCAACCAUUUCUGAAUAACAUGUCCCUCACUCCAUUACACGCUACAAACUAGAAAGCCAGGAGGCUUUUCUCCUUUUUCAAGCCUUCUAUAACAUGCUUCAAUGGCGGUAAUCAAAUUGAGUUGGAGAAGAAGGUACCAAAACAAAGUCCCAAAUGAAUGGCAACGAUGUCCAUUCGUGAACUCCUUCGUUUUCGAUCCACCAUCUUCAUUAAACCCAACCGGUUUCACUUGCCGUUUUAUUCAACUGAGUCCAAAGCGCUCACUUCGAUCCUCGAUUCGUGUCGUGAUAUAAAGGAACUGUUUCAAAUCCAAGCUCGAUUGAUAACUUCGGGUCUCUUCCAAAACCCAUUUUGGGUCGACAGGGUUUUGAUCCAUUCUUCCAAGUUCAGCAACAUUGAUUACACCGUUUCGAUUCUACGAUGCAUUGAAAAUCCCGGUACUUUCCGUGUUAAUUCAGUUAUCAGAGCUUACUGUUUUAGUUCUUUACACCAUCAAGCUGUGGUUUUUUACUUUAAAAUGCGAGAUAAUGGGUGGUUUGUUCCUAAUAGCUAUACUUUUGUGCCACUUUUAAGCUCUUGUUCGAAAUUGGGUUGCUCUAAAUCUGCAAGGAAGUGUCACGGCCAAGCAAUUAAAUUUGGGGUAGUCAAUAGAUUGCCAAUACAGAACUCUUUGAUUCAUAUGUAUGGUUGUUGUGGGGUUUUUGAGUUUGCCAUCAAUGUGUUAAUUGAAAUGUCUCAAAGAGAUAUUGCCUCAUGGAACUCUUUUAUUAAUGUGUGUGUCAAAGUUUGGAAUUUGGGUUUGGCUCACCAACUGUUCGAUAAAAUGCCUAAGAAGAAUGUGGUUUCUUGGAAUAUUAUGAUUAAAGGGUAUUUAAAAGCUGGGAAUCCGGGUUGUGCAUUGAAGUUGUUUAGGCAAAUGGUGAAAACGGGAUUAAUGGGGAACGAGAAGACUGUGGCUAGUGUACUUAGUGCUUGUUCCAAGUCAGCUAGAUUAAAGGAAGGAAGAUCAGUUCAUGGAUUUUUAAUCAAGAACGGCAUGAAGUCUAAUAUAAUAAUAGAUACAGCUUUGGUUAAUUUGUAUUGUAACUGCCAGAAAGUAGGAUUAGCUCGUAGGAUGUUCGACAAGAUCAGAAAUAGGAACCGAGUUUGUUGGAAUGCAAUGAUUUUAGGGCAUUGCAUUCAUGGAAAUCCCAUAGAUGGACUAAAAUUGUUCACUGAUAUGGUGGAAGAAACGAUCAUUUCUCCUGACGAAAUCACUUUCGUCGGCGUUCUAUGUGCUUGUGCUCGUGCAGGAUCGGUACCAGAUGGCAGAAACUAUUUCCACCAAAUGAUCAACAAAUUCGGUAUAAAACCGAACUUUGCUCAUCAUUGGUGCAUGGCGAAUCUUUACGUUGGCGUUCAACUUUUCCAAGAGGCGGAAGACAUCCUAAGGCAAAUGCCGGAUAGUGCCGAGGACAUAUCAUCUGAUUCGGUUCUUUGGGCUAACUUGCUCAGCUCAUGUCGGUUUAGGGAGGGCGUAACUGUUGGGGAAAGAAUAGCAACAUCGUUGAUUGCAAAAGAGCCUAAAAACUUCACAUAUUAUCAGUUAUUGUUGAAUGUGUAUGCUGUGGCAGGUCAAUGGGAGGAUGUUGCUAAAAUGAAACAGAUAAUGAAGGAAAAAGGGAUUGAAAGAGUUGCAGGGUGUAAUCUUUUAGAUUUAAAGAACAUUGUUCAUAAUUUAAAAGUGAGUGAACAAUGGAGGGAGGGUAUGGAUCAAAGGGAUGUCAAGCUUGCUGAAAGCUAGUUUUACACUAUUGAUUGAGAAUAUGAAUCAAUGUUUUUGAUGGGGGAUUUUGUGUAAA